AUGGCCGGAAGCUCGCAUGAGACACUGCCCAAGGCGACCCGCGAGGAGAUGCGGGAUGCCAAACUCCCCAUUGCCUACCGAGACAGCUGCGCGAACCUCCUCAUCCCCCUCAACCGAUGUCGCCAGGAGUCGUACUACCUGCCGUGGAAGUGCGAGGACGAGCGACACAGCUACGAGAAGUGCCAAUAUGUCGAGUUCAAGAAGCGAGUGGUCAAGAUGAACGAGUUGAGGGAAGCCAAGGAGGGCGCAAGGAGCAACUAG